AUGAACCAGUCUCAGCUGCUGAACCGGAGUUACCACCCUUGGCCACCCCCACGUCCCACAGUGAUACCCGAAAAUCAAACCGCGCCGGUUUUUUCACAAGGACCUAGUUAUGCUCCAGGGAACGUAAACCGGAGUAAUUGGAAAACCUACCGGCCGAACAACAAACCGCGCCGGUUUUUUCAAAAGAAGAAACAGAGACAAAACUACCGUUUUACCCCUUUCACCCCGCACAACACGACGUCAUUUCUAAUCCGUGCAAAAAAAUCCGGCGGAAUCGCCUCUUUGGUUUCCCCAUAUCCGGUGACUCCGGCUGUUCUACCGACGCCGAAGUUUUCUCCGGCGAGGGAAGUUUUAGCUGACGUGGCGAAGGAAGAGUGGGGUGUAGACGGGUACGGGUCGAUGAACGGGUUGAUCCGGGUCAGAUCACCGGAGAAUGAACAUGAAGAAGAGGAUGAAGGAGAAGGAGUUAUUGUUUCGUGGGACAGUGAUGUUGAGGAAGUGGAGAAGAGAUUAAGCCAUGAUUUGAGCCGUUUUGAGAUGAUAUAUGACCCGAGAGAAGGCGGGUCGGGUCGAGAUGCGUAUGGGUUUGGUUACAGAGUUGAUGAGGUGGAGGAACAUAUUGAGAGAUUGGAGGAAGAAAACAUGGAGUUGAAAGAGAAAAUGUAUGUAAUGGAGAGGGAGUUGGAGGAGUUGAGGAAAAAGGUUCGGUAUUUGGAAGGUGGUGAAGAUGAAAAUGGAAACGGGUCGGAAAAUGAAGCGGGUUCUGAGAGGUAG